AUGACUAAGUUUCAUUUGAAACUACACGCGAAAGCGGUGGAAUCGAGGAAAAUAAGCCAAAUUCAACGAGAUUUUGAAAAGAAAUCUAAAAAGAAACUUGAUAUUUCUGUUGAAUAUUGUUAUCAUCUGGUUACAGAAGAGCCUGAAUUCAUUGAAUCCAAUUGGCAAAAAUUGGAAACUCUACUCUCUCAUUCUCCUUUCGAAAAAAGCGUUUGGAAUGAGUCAAAACUUGAUUCAAAACAUGGAAAAGUGAUUGAAAUCGGACCAAGAACAGCUGUCAAAACUGCUGCGUGCACCAACAUUUUGAACGUUUUCGAUAGUGCUGGAAUUCAAAAUAUUGAAAGAGUCGAGAGAGGAAUACGGUAUUUAGUACCGGAAAACGUUGAUGAAAAUACAUUUUUCGAAAUCGCAGCAGAUAAAAUGACUGAAGUCGUUUACCCAUCUGAUGUGAAGUUGGACGAUGAAAGUUAUUCAAUUGAAAAAGUGUUUUUAAUUGAUGUGUUGGCGUCGAAGCAGAAUUUGAUUGAAGCCAACAAACAACUUGGACUCGCUUUGGAUCAAUCAGAUCUCGAUUUUUAUUAUGAUUUUUUUGUAAACAAAGUGAAAAAAAAUCCAACCGAUGUGGAACUAUUCGACCUCGCUCAGUCUGAUUCGGAACACUCUCGUCAUUGGUUUUUCCGGGGUGAAAUAUGGAUUGAUGAGAAAAAAAGAGAAAAAUCACUUAUGACAUCUAUUCUGGACACUUUGAAACACUCGAAUGAUAACAGCUUGAUUGCGUUUUGUGAUAACUCGAGUUCAAUUCGUGGAUUUGAAAAAGUUUGGCGUCUCCGUCCAUCUGAUCCCUCGAUUGCCUCUCCAAUGGUUUCAAUUUCUUCUCCUUCUCAUUUGAUCUAUUCGGCUGAAACUCAUAAUUUUCCAACUGCCGUUUGUCCUUUUCAAGGUGCAACAACUGGAACUGGAGGAAGAAUUCGAGAUAUUCAUGCAACUGGAAAAGGGGCUUAUGAGAUUGCAGGUACCGUAGGAUAUUCUUUUGGAAAUUUGAAUAUUCCUGGUCUUGAACUUCCAUGGGAAGAUGAAUCAUUCGAGUAUCCAGCAUCAAUUAGUGAACCAGCAAAGAUUGCCGUAGAAGCAUCAAAUGGAGCAUCUGAUUAUGGUAAUAAGUUUGGUGAACCAGUUAUUUGUGGAUUCGCUCGAUCUUUCGGACAACGUCUUGGAAAUGGAGAAAGAUGUGAAUAUCUGAAACCAAUUAUGUUUUCUGGAGGAAUUGGAGCUAUUGAUGAAGAUGAAGUGAGAAAAGAACCAUGCUCUCCUUAUCAAAAAGUUGUUAAAAUCGGUGGACCGGUAUAUCGAAUUGGAGUUGGUGGUGGAGCAGCAAGUUCAGUUUCAGUGCAGGGAAAUCGCGAAAAUCAGUUAGAUUUUGCUGCCGUUCAACGUGGGGAUGCAGAGAUGGGCGGGAAAUUACAUAGAGUUGUGAGAUCAUGUGCCGAGAGAAACGAAGGAAAUCCAUUGAUGGCAAUUCAUGAUCAAGGAGCUGGUGGAAAUGGAAAUGUAAUCAAAGAAUUGGUCGAAGGAUGUGGAGUAACAGUAGACAGUAAUUCAUUCCAACUUGGGGACGAAAGCAUUUCUUUGAGAGAAUUAUGGACUGCUGAGUAUCAGGAAAACGAUGCGGCUCUUGUGGAUCCAUCUCUUUUGGAAGCUCUUCAAACUAUAGCUAAACGAGAAAAAUGUCACAUUUCAGUGGUUGGAGAUGUUGUAGCAGAACAAAGAGUCAAGUUAAUUGGAAAGUCCGGAGAAAUAGCAGUUGAUUUGGAUACUCGGCAACUUGGAGAAAGAGAAAAGAAGAUUUUCAAUCUGAAACAUGUUCCACGUGUUCUUCAAAAACUCAAAUUGUCUGAGAAUUUAACAGUUAGAGAAGCACUUGGAAGAGUCUUGAAACUUCCAACAGUAGCCAGCAAAAGGUAUCUAACCUGUAAAGUUGAUCGAUCUGUGACCGGAUUGGUAGCUCAGCAGCAAUGUGUUGGACCUCUUCAUACUCCACUUGCAGACGUGGCAGUUGCCGCUCUGUCUCAUUUUGAUACGGUCGGUUUACUGAAAAACUUCGAACCGUUGUGUCCCGUCGAAAAUAAUAGAACAAAUUAUGAAAGAUCAUGCCAUUUCAUUCGUACACGGGGAAGAAGUGAGCUUUGUGAGAAAUAG